AGAACAUUGCUCUACUCCACAGUUGUGUCUGGUCUCCUCAGAACUAUUUCAACUCGCACUGCUCUGGCACUGCGGGGACCCAUGAUCACCCAGAGGGCCAGUGUCUUCACCAGACCGGCUAAAGACCCUCUCGGCCCUUCCGAGACCAUCAUCGGACUGGGACUGUUCGCACUGGCUAUCCUGGGACCUUCUGGUUGGAUUCUCACCAACAUUGAGGACUACAAGAAGAAAGAUUAACUUAACAUGGACUCAUGUUAAUGGAUGUUCCAUACAUUCUCUACUUAUUCAAGACCCUGCUGGGAUCAUCAUUACUUCAAGAACUCUGUGGAACAAAUCCCCAACCUCCAUGAACUACCUCUCGAUCUCCACUUUACUCUCCUCACUCCUAGUUUACUCUUCAGCCCUUUGGAGAACCGUCUGCAAAUAGAAUGGCUGCACAACAUCUCAAGAAUUGUGAAUUUUAAUUGAACAAGGAGUAUGCUACAAUAAUAAAACAUAAUUCAACUUGAAAUA